AUGGCAGACAACGAUGAUCUUCUUGACUACGAAGACGAAGAGCAGGCGGAUCAGCAAACCGCAGAUGGAGCUACAGAAGCGGCGCCAAAAAAAGAGGUUAAGGGAUCUUAUGUAUCUAUUCACAGCUCUGGUUUUAGAGAUUUUCUUUUAAAGCCCGAAAUAUUAAGAGCCAUAGUUGAUUGCGGUUUCGAACACCCUUCAGAGGUCCAACAUGAAUGUAUUCCUCAAGCGGUACUGGGAAUGGACAUCUUGUGCCAAGCCAAAUCCGGUAUGGGAAAAACCGCUGUAUUUGUCCUUGCAACGCUUCAACAACUAGAACCAUCGGAAAAUCAUGUUUACGUUUUGGUCAUGUGCCAUACAAGAGAGUUAGCGUUUCAAAUCAGUAAAGAAUAUGAGCGUUUUUCUAAGUACAUGUCAGGAGUUCGAGUGUCCGUGUUCUUUGGCGGAAUGCCUAUACAAAAAGACGAAGAGGUAUUAAAGACUGCAUGCCCUCAUAUUGUUGUCGGUACUCCAGGCAGAAUUCUUGCUUUAGUUAACAGCAAGAAACUGAACUUGAAACACCUGAAGCAUUUUAUUCUUGAUGAAUGUGAUAAGAUGUUAGAGUCAUUAGACAUGAGACGAGAUGUACAGGAGAUUUUCAGAAACACUCCCCAUGGAAAGCAGGUGAUGAUGUUCUCAGCUACGUUGAGUAAGGAAAUACGGCCAGUUUGUAAGAAAUUUAUGCAAGAUCCCAUGGAAGUUUAUGUAGAUGAUGAAGCCAAAUUAACAUUGCAUGGUCUCCAGCAACAUUAUGUUAAACUUAAAGAGAAUGAGAAGAAUAAGAAACUAUUUGAACUCCUUGAUGUACUGGAAUUUAAUCAAGUUGUUAUAUUUGUAAAAUCAGUACAGCGCUGCAUAGCUCUGGCACAAUUGCUCACAGACCAAAAUUUCCCAGCCAUUGGUAUUCACCGCAAUAUGACACAGGAUGAACGACUCUCCCGCUACCAGCAGUUCAAGGAUUUCCAAAAGAGGAUUCUAGUAGCUACCAACUUAUUUGGUCGUGGAAUGGAUAUUGAGAGGGUCAACAUUGUCUUCAACUAUGAUAUGCCUGAAGAUUCAGAUACAUACCUACAUCGUGUGGCUCGUGCUGGAAGAUUUGGAACAAAGGGCCUGGCUAUUACCAUGGUUUCUGAUGAAAAUGAUGCUAAAAUCCUUAAUGAAGUUCAAGACAGAUUUGAUGUGAAUAUAACAGAGCUACCUGAAGAAAUAGAGUUGUCUACAUAUAUUGAAGGACGAUAG